GCUCGCAGCGGCCGCUGGGCGGGAAUGGGGCCCGCGGGCAUGGGUGUCCUGGGUCACUGUGCGCGCUCGGCACUCUCGGGUGCGGCAGUAGCGGCGGCGGCAGCUGCGAGACGGCGACUGGCAGGAGCGGGACGUGCGCGCUGGGGAACCCGCUGUUUCAGCCGCGCCUCCGUAGUCAUGGCUCCGAUCAAGGUAGGAGAUACCCUCCCCUCCGUGAAGGUGUUUGAGGGGACUCCGGGGAACAAGGUGGAUCUGGCCGAACUCUUCAAGGGCAAGAAGGGCGUGCUGUUCGGAGUCCCGGGGGCCUUCACCCCCGGCUGCUCCAAGUCUCACCUGCCGGGAUACGUGGAGCAGACCGAGGCGCUCAAGGCCAAGGGGGUGCAGGUGGUGGCGUGUCUGAGCGUCAACGACGUCUUUGUGAUGAGCGAGUGGGGUCGGGCCCACCAGGCUGAAGGCAAGGUUCAGCUUUUGGCUGACCCCACAGGGGCCUUUGGGAAGGAGACGGACUUGCUUCUUGAUGAGUCUUACGCGCCCGUCUUUGGGAACCGAAGGCUCAAGAGGUUCUCCAUGCUCGUUGAGGACGGCGUGGUGAAAUCCCUUAACGUGGAACCCGAUGGCACUGGGCUUACCUGCAGCCUGGCCCCAACCAUUCUCUCCCAGCUCUGAGUUUCCGGCCCCCCAUUCCCUUCUCCUCUCCACCUGCCACCUUUACCUCACUCCUAGGUCCCAGGGAGGGCUCUGGUCUCAGCCCAGCCUCAUUGGAAGCUCAGCCAUACUUCUGCAGUAAAUACUUGUGGUUCAUGUCUCCUGUCUGGUGC